AUGUCUUUAACAAACUGUCGGUUUUACGAGGAGAAGUAUCCGGAGAUUGACAGCUUCGUGAUGGUCAAUGUCAAGCAGAUUGCCGAGAUGGGUGCCUACGUCAAGCUACUGGAGUACGACAACAUAGACGGCAUGAUUCUGCUUUCUGAGCUGUCCCGAAGACGUAUUCGAAGUAUCCAGAAGCUGAUCCGAGUCGGACGCAACGAAGUUGUGGUGGUUCUCCGUGUGGACAAGGAGAAGGGAUACAUCGAUCUGUCAAAACGACGUGUUUCGCCCGAGGAUAUCGUCAAGUGUGAGGAGCGCUACAACAAGAGCAAGAUGGUCCACUCCAUCAUGCGACACGUUGCCGAAAAGACCCAAACUCCCAUCGAGUCUCUAUACGAGAGCAUAGCCUGGCCUCUGAACCGCAAAUACGGCCACGCUAUUGACGCCUUCAAGCUGUCCAUCACCAACCCCGAGGUGUGGGAGGAGAUUCAGUUCCCCAACCAGGUUGUCGACGACGAGCUGAAGCUGUACAUCAGCAAGCGACUCACUCCUCAGCCCACCAAGGUCCGUGCCGACGUCGAAGUCACCUGCUUCGGUUAUGAGGGUAUCGACGCUGUCAAGACUGCCCUGCGAACCGCCGAGGCCAAGAACACAGAAUCGAUGCAGGUCAAGGUCCGACUUGUUUCGCCGCCACUUUACGUGCUUACUAGCACAUGUACCGACAAGGCACAGGGCAUCACCCGUCUGGAGGAGGCCAUUGUCGAUAUCCGAACCAGCAUCGAAGCAGCUGGCGGCAAUCUCACCGUCAAGAUGGAGCCCAAGGCCGUUACCGAGAGCGAUGAUGCCGAGCUACAGGCACUCAUGGAGAAGAGAGAGCGCGAGAACGCCGAAGUCAGCGGUGACGAGAGUGUCAGCGACAGCGACGACAACAUUCCCGAGACAAUCUAA